GGAAUUGCCCACCCCUGGCCUAAUACAUCAUUUGUCACGCUCUCUUACUUGUGUAGGGGUGAUUACUAUAAUAAACACACACAACAGCUCAGCUGUUAGGCAUCUCGUUCCGUUUUGGUUAUUUUGUUUUAGUCUCUUUCUGUUUUACGAGGUUCUGUAAAUGCGACGUGACGCUUUUCUGACGUCGAGACGGACGGAAGUGAUGCAAAUCGCGUUUCUCGAUCGCUUUAAUCGGGUUUGACUCUGAUUUCUGCAGAUGCAGAGGGGUGAUGCUUCUGUGAAACUCACUGUGCUUGGGUAACCUUUGUUCCGCCGCAGGACGCGAUGGAUCCGUCCAGGAGGAGCGAAAGUGACUGGCAGGGGCUGGUCAGUGAGUUCCUGGUUUGUAAGCGGAAGUUGGAGAGUAAGAAAGAAGCUCUUCUGAUUCUGUCUAAAGAGCUGGACACCUGUCAGCAGGAGAGGGAUCAGUACGAACUGAUGGCCAACCAGCUCCGUGAGCGACACCAGGGACUCAAGAAGAAGUACAGAGAGCUCAUUGAUGGAGAUCCUUCUCUGCCUCCAGAGAAAAGGAAUCAAGUGAAUUUAGCCCAGCUACUGACAGACUCCAGAGAGCGAAACUCUCAUCUGUCCGAGGAGGUGAAGGAGCUGAAACAGCGACUACUGGAAGCUCAGGGUGAUAACAAGCUUCUACGGAUGACCAUCACCAAACAGAGGCUGGGAGACGAAGAGGUCGGCGCCCGACACUUUCCCGCGCAUGAGCGAGAAGAUCUGGUCAAACAGUUAGAAAGGGCGAGAGAGCAGAACGAGGUGCUGGAGAACAGCGUGAAGUCGCUCACGGAUGAGCUGCAGGAUGUUCGAGCAGAGCGGGACGUGUUUCAACAGAAGGCUCAUCGUCUCAAUGUGGAGAUGAACCACAUUGUAGGGAAUGAUGAUGUCCGCAUCUUAGACAUCGACGCGCUCUGCAUGGAGAACAGGUAUUUGCAUGAGCGACUUAAUCAACUUCAAGAAGAGGUCAACUUGCUCAAGACAAAUCUGCUGAAGUACAAGAGUGCCCUGGAGUGUAGGAAGACCUCUAAAAUCAGUGGAAAGCCCAACAGCAGUGCUCUGACUGGGGUGCUUUCUGCUAAACAAGUGAAGGAACUGCUGCUGUCUGAAGAAAACGGCUGCAGUUUGCCGGUGACUCCUCAGUCCAUCUCAGACCUCAAAUCUCUCGCCACAGCCCUGCUGGAAACCAUCCACGAGAAAAACAUGGUGAUUCAGCACCAGCGCCAAAUCAACAAGAUUCUUGGAAAUCGCGUAGCCGAGCUGGAGAAGAAACUAAAAACACUGGAGAUGUCCGGAUUAUGGAGCCUUCCAGGCCUGACUUAUAAUGUGUCUCUGGGAAUAUGCGGAAGGGGAAGAGACGCCAUCAUCCUGAACACGCAGCUAGUGGAUUCGACCGAUCCAUCUGAUUCUCCGGGACAGAACGAUGACAAAAGGUCAAACAAACCAGCUGAGCACGAGAGCUCUCCAGAAGACAGUGUAACACCAGCUGCGUCAGAUUUUCAAGAUGACGCACCAACACCAUCAUCGUGUGUCGAGGCCUCGAACCAAAACUGCUCACCACAGUUGGAUGAGCAAGAGUCCUCAAGGCCUCAAACAGAAAUGCCAGCUAGUGAGGAGUGCCAGGAAAGUGGCCAAUCACAAAGCACUGCAGUUUUUACCAGGUUUGCAACAGAAGAGGGUCUGAGUGACUCCAGUGCUGAUGUGAAAUACUUGAACAGACCUGAUCCCUCAGACCCCGGCCACUCACAGCAACUCUCAGAGAACUCAGUCCCAACAGCUGGAGGAGAGGAGGAGUCAGAUGAAUGCACUGUAGGGGGGGAAAGUGUUGAAACAGAGUGUAAUGUAAUAGAGAGAAAUAGUCACGUUACAUCAUCUACUACUGUGUCUACUGCAGCCUCCGAAGAGCAGCAGGAGGACGUCCUGACUACCGCGGAUGUUUGCAGUAGUCAGGAGGAGUUGUGAUGUCGCACAGCAUUAGGAAAAAACCAAAACUAAUUAAAGUAUUUACAAAAUCCAUAAAGCUCUUUAAUUAUUUUUUAAAUAAUUCAAAAAUCAAAAAAACUGAUAAACGAAUCUUUGGAAAACAGCAUAUUAGAUUUCAGAUGAGUGUGAAUGAAUCAACAGUGACUCCUACCAAACUGAAGAGUAUUAACGAUACUCUUCAGAUGCUCUAUUGUAUCUCUGCUUUCACUCGGUGCAUUGUCUGAGUUCUGCACCACCUUUUGAACUGAUGUCAAUGUGACCUAAAGUAACUGGACACCGGUGAUUUGUCAUCCCCAAACCAUACUCGCAGGAGUAACAAUAUUCGCUCCUGUGAGAGUUUCUCUGAGAGUUUUAAAACGUUCAUUCAUUCACUCGCACGUUUCAUGUAGUCUGCAUAUCUAAUGUGGCAAAACAGUGAUUUCUCUUUAUUAACACCAGAAAAGAUGCAUGCAUCAGUGCUGUAUGUGUUAUACUUAAAGGUUUCUUUCUGCUUUUUGAAGGUAACAUUUACAGAGUUGUCUGCUUUAGGCGUAUGAAUUCUUUUCCUUAUUAAAUCACAUAAUAAAAAGGAGUUAAUGAUGAUCUUUUAAAUGACCUUUGUUAGGUCAUGAACCGGCUCCUUACUGUCAAGAAUUCAGCCCUGGCAUGAUUUAAUUCAGUCACCACGAGGAUAAAAGCAAUUUGACAAAGAUGACAGGAAGCACUGUGUGCUUGUUCUAAAUACGAUGUGCCCAACGUGAA